ACGAUUUAAAUUUUAAAAUUUUAAAAAGACAUUGGGCUAUUCAUUAGUGCAAGGAGGCAAGCAGAAAAUAGAAAUUAGGCAUAAAAGUCAAAUAUUAAAUACUUAUUUACACUUUUGAACCAAUCAGAGAGCGUCAUUUCAAUGUCAUGAAUAUUAAUAAUUGGCUUUCUCGCUCGCCUCCGUUAAGCUUGCAACAACUGUGUGUGGGAAAAGCUCUUCCUUGCCAUCAACAGCUUCUCUUUCCUUUCGAAUCUAACGUUGAGCAUGCAGCGAUGUUUAUUUUGUGUUGUACUUCAUUUGUGAUUUAUUUUAAUGUCUGACCACGUUAUUUUCAUAAACAAAUCGUCGAAAAAUGGCCGUGUGAACUAAAGUGAGCUGACUAGAAGUGAAAUACUGAGUGGUCUUUGAACAAAAAUAUUUUCAAAUAUUCACUAAAAAUCAAGAAACCCAUGGAACUCAAUUCAGACGAUCCAAGGACAUGCUAUCCAGAGGUUGUAAAACAAUCAGAACUGCUAGCAAAGGAUAUUAUUGCUUAUAGACUUGGUAAGAACCAUAAACCACCUAACACCGUUGCGGAAACUUUGAGAAAAUUGGCAGAUAAGAUCGAGGAGCAAUACCCGGCACUGUUAAAUCACUUAUGCCACAAACUAAACUUUUCUAGAAGCACGGCUUACACUACGUUUGUUGAAAUCGCCGGAGAAGUCUUCGCCGAUGGAGUAAACUGGGGAAGAAUAGUUGUACUUUAUGCAUUUGGUGGAAGACUUGCUGUUUACUGUGAACAACAUAACAUGAAAGACUUGGUUGAUCUAGUGACCGACUGGAUUGCUAAGUACGUUGCUGGAUUAAGUGAAUGGAUUUACAAUGAUGGUGGAUGGGAGGGCCUAAACAAGCAAUUCAGAGAUAAAACAAAUGAUAGUUCUUGGUGGAAAGGUGUAUUUAUUACAACAUUAGGCAUUGGAACCUUGGCUGCUUUAGUAUACACAAGAUAAGCUUUGUUUUUAAUUGGACUCACACUAGUACCACAAGCAUAAGCAUCAGACAAAAUUGCAGCUGCAACCACAACAAAGAUAUGCCAAUUUGCUUGUGUUUCUAGUGUCAAUAGUGUCAACUAGCUUUCAGAGUCAAUACCUAAAAUGUUACCCUUUAAACACUCUAUCCAUAAAAUAUUAUGGCUAUUAAAAAUUUAUAGUAUUAAAAAUAUGGUUCUUUACAUAGAAAUUGAUAGAUAUGUGAUAAUUUUUGUCCUUCGAGUCCUAACCUUGCCUUGAUAUUACAAGUAUAACUUUUUAAUAUUUGACUCUGAAACUUGUAUUUAAAGUUUUAAAUCAUGAUAAUAUUACAGGAGGCAUACAUUAGCUAAAUUGUAUUUUACUGUCAAUAUUAUUUUCACUUUUUUUUUUCCGCAGCCAUAGGCUUUAUGCAAUUAAAAAUCUUUUAUUUAAAUAUGUAUUGGUAAUUUAAUAGAUUUAAGAUAGUCAGGGACAAUUAAUAUAGGAAAGUAUUUAUGUAAAGAAAUGUUUAUUAUGAGAUGUACCUUGCACUGACAGAUUGCAUGAUUAUUAAUCAUGUUUGAUUAUCUGAUGGGAAAUGACCAUGCCACUAGUUAGUGUGAGGUACUCAUUGAUACAAAUCAUCCAUUUCAUCAUUAAAGUGUUUAGUACAGGGCUCCAAAUAAUGGCUGGUCAAGGAAAAGAUUUGACCGGGUAAGUUCAAAUUCUGGCUGGACAUUUGUCCGGUUAUUGGCCUUAUUUGUAGCCCUUCAGUAGCUAGAAAUAUUCUAUGUCUAAGCCAUGUUACAUUGCAUUUCUUUUGCAUCUACCAACACUCUUCAAUAUACAUCCAUAAAUUACAAUAACCACUUCUUGCAUUAAAAGUAUACAAUAUGCAAUUGAAAUUAAGGAUGGAUGACCUAUCGGCUUAUAAUUAUUAUGAUGUAUCUUGCAAAUAUGACAUACAUUCAGACAUAAUAUAGAAGUAUCAAAAAAAUGACUUCCAAAUGUUCUGAUAUUUUAUGAUUAUCAUAAUAAUAUAAACUGUCAGGACAGGUUUUUGUUCGUCAAUUUUGUUAUAAAAAUAUGGUAAAUAAGGUAUCCAAAGUGGUUGAAAAUGGGUUUAUGUAUUUGGUCAUAAAAUUAAAACAUUUUAAAGGUAA